UCUCUUUUCCUAUCUCUCGCUCUCUUCUUCCAUCUCUCCUAUCAGAGUCAGUUUGAUCUAGUAUCUUUUAAUUUCUUGUGCGUGUGGUAACCUGCUCGUACAUACAGGCAGGCUAACAUACUAUCACAUGCCUUGAGCGUCCAUCUCGCCCACACUAUCACAGGCUGACACCCUGGAUUUUCAGGAUCAUUAGCCCAUGAGUGCGGUCCCCUUCAGACAGCGAUGAGAAUGCCCCCCCUGUGCGUUCCCCUCGCAGCUAUGGAUCCAGAGACUCUAUUCUGAGUGGCAGAGAAAGAGAAAGCUGGAAGAAGGAGGAGGAAGAGAGCUGUGCCCUCAAGCACAACGGCUCCGGCAGCAGAGGGCGCCCCAGUUUGAGACGCAAGCGGAACGUGAGCAUGAGGUGCUCCACCCUCCUGGCCAUUCUGGUCGGGGUGCUGCUCUACCUGGUCAUGGGAGCCGUGGUGUUCCGGACCCUGGAGGCCCCCAGAGAGGAGGGAAAGCAUAACCACCUGGAGAGCUACCUCCUAGCCUUCCUGGAGAACUACACCUGCAUCAACCAGGAAACCCUGCAGAUCCUCAUACAGGAAGUAACAGAUGCAGUAGGAGCCGGUGUUGAUCCCAACAGUAACGCCUCUACAUUCUCCAGCCGGUGGGACCUAGCAAGCGCUUUCUUCUUCUCUGGCACCAUCAUCACAACCAUUGGCUAUGGGAACAUCGCCCCUCAGACAGAAGGGGGUCAGCUGUUCUGCAUCUUCUAUGCCUUGGUUGGAAUCCCCAUGUUUGGAAUUCUUCUGGCUGGGGUGGGUGACCACCUGGGGACUGGUCUGAGGAAGACCAUUGCCAAGGUUGAGAUGCUGUUCCUGAAAUGGAAGGUCAGUCCCACCAUUGUCCGUGUCAUCUCGGCUGUCUUCUCCAUCCUGCUGGGCUGCCUGCUCUUCCUGGCCGUACCAACCCUGGUGUUUCAGGAAGUGGAGGACUGGUCCCUGCUGGAGUCGGCCUACUUUGUGGUGAUCACACUCACCACCGUGGGCUUUGGCGACUAUGUUGCAGGUGAUGGAGAUGUCACUGGUAAGGACCACUGGUACAAGCCUCUGGUGUGGUUCUGGAUCCUGUUGGGUCUGGCCUAUUUUGCUUCCAUCCUCACCAUGAUUGGGAACUGGCUCCGUGUGCUGUCCAAGAAGACCCGGGCCGAGAUGGAAGAGCUAAGGGCACACGCCACGGACUGGACACAGAACAUCCAGAAUAUGUCCGUUGACUUCCGCAUUCCCAACAUUGACGACCCUUUCUACCAGCGUCGGCGGAGACGGCACCACCGAGGGCCCCGGAGUCACGGUCCCCACAGUCACAGCCACGGCAAGAGGGAAGGAGGCACAGGGAAGGAAGGCGGGGCCAUGGAGAACGGGCGCCUGCCCAAUGACCAAUCCGAAUCCUCCUCAUAUUCUUACUCCUCAGAUGAGUCUUAUUCGGAAUCUGGCUCCGGGGUGACGGAGACAGAGCGGGUGGGGGAGGGAGGGCAGGAUCCACAGUCUCUACCUGAAGCAAUUAGUUCCCAACCCCUGGAUUAUUUUGGAGAGAAUCUGGCCUACAUCGACGAUUCUUCAGAUGCACUAAGUGGAAGGUUCAAAACCGAUCCCGCCCAAAAUUCGAUCCUACAACGCAAGGCCAAGAGAAGGCGUCAUAGAAGACCUCUCAUCCAAAAGAACCUCAAAACCCCACCAGCCAAUGGCAACCUGGAGAGGAAAGAGCCAAACGGUGACCUUCAGCCCCCACCAGAUCCUCCACCCCCUCCUCCAGAGCCCCCACAGUGAGGCAAAAUUGUUCAUGGGAACUACGAUGCAAAGGAUGUCAAUAGGAUUUUGCCUGCCACCCAAUAAGGUCUUCUGUUUGUGUUAGAGUGAGGGUUAGAGUGAGAGUGAGAGACUGAGAGAGUGUGAGAGAGAGUGUGUGUGUAUGAUUGCUUUUGUGUGAGUGUGUGUGUGUGUGUUUGGGUGGGUGGGAACGUUUGGGUGUGUAUGUAAGAGAAAGAAAGAUUCUCUGGCCUUCAAGGUGCCUCAUUGCCUCAGAAACCCCACACAGUAGUACUUUAUCAGUGUCGUCUCCUGGGCUAUACAGAAGUGCUGAACUCAGUGAUUCUUAACCACAUUUAUCAAUGUGGGCUGCAUGUGCGACUUGAAUGUGUCAUCACCUCCGGCCCUCUCACCCCCCCCCCCCCCCCCCCCCCCACAUACGCACACAUAUUUGUAUUGCACAUUCAUAAUAAUAGUCUGUGGCCUUCCCCUUGAAUGUGACACAAAACAAAUGUUGACUGUUGAAAAAAAUGGUUGCUUCUCUCCUUUCUACAAGACUAUCCUGUGUUAGGUUACCCCAUCCAUCGCAUCCCACCCCCUUACAUCUGCAUGCCUAAUGAAAUUGACUGUUCUUUAACUCUUUUAUCUCAGCUUUAACUUCAGUUUACCUUAUUAUGAGCUUGUGAAAAGCAUUACAUCUCAGGAUUCAAAAGAGUGCUAUAAAAAGGCUGGAAUUGUAAACUAAGCAUAAUUUUACUUCAUUGCAAGUCACUGUACACAAUUACAACUCCAGAUCGGGUGUAUUAUUCAUUGAUAGCUUUAUUAUAAGUAACACUCCUCUGGGAAGUAAUGGAAUUUGGAAUCUCAGUUUGGAAUUUUUCAGUUGAGAACAUGCUCAGCUUAGUUCAACAGAAGCACAUGGUCCUGUCAGUCAUUAAGUUAAAAAAUGCUUAUGAAAAUAAAAGCAUGAAGUAUGCAGUGAAAAGCAGAGAACACAUAAUUUACACAGCAGUUGUUAAAGCAUGUGUGACCUUUACGAAAUCAUGGUUUUGAGAAGUGGGAAAUUUUCUGUCAUGUUACCUAAUGAUGUCAAAUGUUGUUACAUGUUGUCACUGUAUGUCUGUUGGUAUCUACAGUGAAUCAGGCAGGAAGGGUAUACACUGUACUUUAUUUAUAAAUCAGGAUGUGUCAACAAGAAAGUGCCCGUGUCAGGGAGGUGACCAAACCUUCUCAGGGGUCAUGGAAUGCAACGCAUGGAUUAUUAUUUUUUCUUCCCCUUCGAGAGUUUUUGGAUCCACAUAAAUAGUUCCCAGUCCAAAACUGAGAUGCCCUGGAUCAUGUCCCAACAGGAUCCAGCGCAAAUCUAGCACUGGGUAUAUUGUCAGUUACGCUCAGUAUGUUCAUAUGUUAAUAUUCCUGCCAGGGAUCAACUUCAUGAAGGUAACCUAAAUACAAAUUCAUAACUGAUAAAUUAUAUUGUAAACAUAUUUAAAGAUAUGUCUGUGUCUGUAUGUGUGUGCAUACAUGUGCACGUGUGUAUGUAUUUAUCAGAUUCAUUCAACAACAAGCGAAGUGUGUGUUAGCAUACAGCAAUGCAUUAUUAUUAAGGGCUUAUUGAAUAGAAAAUAUCUUGCCUUUGCCAUAUCUGUUGGUGGUCUGCAUCUAAAAUACCUAAAUAUAAAAUACAGUGUAUGUGC